UGGAGGCAGCAGCAUUCCUGUUGGAAGUCGGUUUAGCCAAUUAAAAAAGGAUACCACCCCUAAAAUCCAAGAAAAACAAUCAGGAAGCCAGGCUAUACCCAUGCCUACCCAAAGAGUCCAGUUAGAAAAGGAUACUACUCCUGAAAUCCAAGAUAACCAAUCAGGAGGCCAGGCUGCCCCCAUGCCUACCCAAAGAGUCCAAUUAGAAAAGAAUAGUACCCCUGAAACCCCAGAUAAUCAAUCAGAAGAGCAGGCUGCCCCCAUGCCUACCCAACGAGUCCAAUUAGAAAUGGAGAGUAUUCCUGAAAUCCAAGAUAAUCAACUGGGAGAGCAGGCUGCCCCCAUGCCUACCCAAGGAUUCCAAAUUGAACAAUCAGGGGAACAGCACACUGCAGAGGUAACUCCAAGAGCCCAGACAGAUGGCCAUGUCACCACCAUCAGACCACAGAUUAACAAAUCAGAAGAGGGGAACAAUGCUCCAGUCCAAACUACAAAAUCUGGGGAAGAAGAAAAUAUCAUACCAGAUUCAACCACUGACAUCCAUAAAGAAAGAGUAAUUGCUGGCAAAAAUAUUGGCACUACAAGUCGAGGUAGACUGAUGACCAGUCAAACUGCCUCUGAUUCAAGAUAUGGAACCCCAAAACGAGUCACACUUCCAAAGAAACCACCGAUGAAAGGACCACAUCAGACUCAAAUAAGACACUACAACAGUGGGAGCCAAAGAAGACAGGAUACAAAAUCACACAAUACUACAAAACGGUUGUUUGGCAGGAGACCCGAACAAAGAAGAAGUGAGGAUUCAAAACCUCAGGCUGGAUCUGAUGUUUCUUCUGGAGUUACAAGGGAACCUCUUGACUAUGUUGGAGUGACAAACCGGACCUCAGAUGGAUUUACACUCAUAUGGGACUCACCCGAAGAGAAGUAUAAAAACUUUGUUGUGACAAGCCAAAAUGUUGAGAAAGAUGAAGGGCCAAAGCCGAAGGAAAGCAAGAACAAUCUGGAAGAAGACCAAGGAAGUCCUAAGAAACAAGGUGGCAAUAGAGAGGAGGAAGGAAAGCAUCAACCAACCAAAGAAACAGAAUCAGAAAAUGGAGGCAGUGAAGGUGAAAACAGAGUACCUGAAAGUGUCUCUACACAAGUUCGGAAGAUCCAAAGCAGCUCAAAAGCCAAACCUGUAACAGGAAGUGGUGAAAUCUUCAAAAAAGUUGUUCCUGGUUCAGCUCGAUCCUUCCAGUUUGAGAAUCUGCCUCCUCAGACGGAGUACACCGUGACCUUGCUUGGAAAGGGUCCUGGCUUGCUGUCCAAACUGCACAAGCUUGUCAUCAGUACAGGGUAAGCUAACAGCCAGCUUCACUGACACCUCUUCACCUCUCACCCAAACCAGGGUAAGACCACAGCUGGUCUCUGUACGUUUGGUCUGUCUUCACCUCUUACAAGAAAAAUAAAUUAAAGAACAAAUCAAAGUUAAAUGUGAAUAUUUUAUAAUUAACAAGUGGAUCAGAUUGACAGCAUGGUCCCUAUUUAAG